AUGGCCCAGGCUGCGGAUCUACUACAGUCGCUGAAAGAUGCAUUGAGUUCCUCUCCUGACGGCUGGCCGGUACCUCCGCCGGUAGUCGUCGCUGUGGCCGCUGGGGGAAUCCUCCUGCUUACCUUAGUUUCUCUCAACGCGAAGCCUCGAAGAAAAGUGACUCUCCAUCCCGAGGAGUGGCGAAAGUUCCAGAUUAACGAUCGCACCAACAUCACCCACAAUGUCGUCAAGUUCACCUUCUCGCUCCAGUCGCCCGACAAGGUGCUCGGCCUUCCCAUCGGACAACCCGUCGUCCUGCAGUAA